AUGAUUCCUGAGCAAUCAAAUGCCGUAUGUUGUACUCAACGAACAAGACGAUUCUGGUCAUUUGAUAUUCCUUGGGGUUGUAUGGGUUGUGGUCCGUGUGAUGUUGGAUGCUGCAAUUGUGAACGUGGUUGUUGUCCUGAUAGACGAAAACGUUCUGAAUCAUCUAUUGAGAAUGACUGGUCGGAAAAUUCGAUUCGAUUUUUUGUUGCAGCUGAUCACAACCACGAUGGGUCAAUCGAUUUCGAUGAGUUCGUCAAAUAUCUGAUCAAGCAUGGAUCUGAAACUCCACAUUUGACCUUCGAAGUUCAUUUUAACAAGACAGAUCACAACAAUGAUGGACUUAUUCAAUUAGAUGAAUUCACCAAGCAAAUUAAACUAUUUUAA